AUGGCGUGUUUCUCUUUAAGUUUUUUUAGAUCAGAUCAAUGGCUGAUCACUGAUCUCUUCACUACUGUACAUGAUGCUAUAUAUCGAUCGAGUGUUAUUCCAUUUUUGAAGGUAAGGAAGCACAAUCUCAGAAGCCGCUUAAGCGAUGUUACGUUGACAAAAUUAUUAUGGGUUGAUGUUCAUCUUCACGGCUCAAAGAGUGAAGUGGCCAAGGAUGAAGAAGCAGAGCGAAUAGCCGAAGGUGAUGUGGCCCCUUUUGAACCCUUUCACAAAUGCAUUAUCAAGUUUCAGCGUGAUGUGCCUAUCACUGCUAGCAUGGAACAACUGCGUCAUGCGAGUUUAAAACAAUGCAACAACCGAAUGCAACGAAAGAUCCUUCAACUGUAA